AUGUCUACCGCCGACACUCCCACCACCGCACCCCCGGCCUUCAUCCCCCUCGAAGCCAACCCCGAACUAAUGACCACCCUCCUCCACAACCUCGGCCUCUCCCCGACCCUCGCCAUCCACGACGUCUACUCCCUCACCGACCCGGACCUCCUCUCCUUCAUCCCCCGCCCGGCCCUCGCCCUCUUACUCGUCUUCCCCGUCUCCGCGGCCUACGAAUCCCACCGCUUAGCCGAAGACGCUUCGCUGCCCGAUUACCGGACCAAGACCAACCCCCCAACCCAAACCCAGGAAGGAGAAAACCCGGGGGGAAAGGAAGAAGCAGAAGAAGAACCAGUCCUCUGGUUCCCCCAAACAAUCCGCAACGCCUGCGGCCUCAUCGGGCUCCUCCACGCCUCCCUCAACGGCCCGGCCCGCUCUCACAUCCAACCCCGCACCACCCUCUCCCACCUCCUCUCCGCCUCCCAACGCGAUCCCUCCACCAACCUCCCCCACACCCACCCGGCCGCCGCCCGCGCCAAACUCCUCGAACAAAACGCCGACCUUGCCCGCGCCCACCGCGCGGUGGCGAGCCAAGGGGAUACGACGGCGCCUGCGGCGGAGGAUGAUGUGGAUUUGCAUUUUGUUUGUUUUGUGAAGGGCGGGGAUGGGGGGUUGUGGGAGAUGGAUGGACGGAGGAAGGGGCCGUUGAGGAGGGGGGGGUUGGAGGAGGGGGAGGAUGUGUUGAGUGAGAAGGCGUUGGCGGUGGGGCCGUUGAAGUUUUUGGAACGGGAGGGGGGGGAUUUGAGGUUUAGUUGUGUGGCGUUGGCGGGGAGUUUAGAUUAG